GGAAAGAGCCAGCAGGCAGCAAUGAGUGAUGGUGGAACACGAAAGUAGUCGAGGCAUUUGUGGAAACAGGAAGCAACGAGGGAAAAGCAAAGGAUUAAGUCAAGCCGUUCGGGCGUCAGAAGGCACACCUUGUUGAAUUUUUUAUACCAUGAACUAUAAUCGCAAACAGCUUUUACAUUAUGGAGGACUUUUGGCGCUCUCCAGUGAACUCGGAAGCAAGUCUACAUAGAGCGUUGAGUCGUUCGAAUUGACGCACAAAUGAAAGACGGUGGGUUUUUUUUUUAAAUAGGGGCUGCUACGCAAUCUUGGCGAUUAUGUUAGCUAGCUAGCAACAUGAUCUGUUUUCAUUUGUUUAGAAAAUAACAUAGGUCAUUUUGAAAGUUUUGAUUAUCAAGCUAAAAGGAGCGAACCAAUGUUUUGCGAAUUCCAUUCUCAUCUCUGCUAUAAUUAAAUCAACAUGACUUUCCCCUAAACAAACACUCCUAACCGUUAGCUUCUAGAUAGCUAGCUCGCCACUGUCAAUAACCAGCUACUGUAGCAUGGAGGGAGAGAUGCAAGUGUUACCAUCGGAUCACUGUUGCAUAAUAACAAAUCGGUGUUGUAUCUGUAAAUCGCAUCCAUCUCCUCUACCGUGACGCAAAGCGACUUUUGACACCUUCGUUCAGUACGCUGACAUAAUGGACGUAAUUUGAUUGACGGAUUAAAUAAAAGGAAUUUCAAGACGAGAUGGAUUCUAACCCCGUGAUAAGUGGUAAGUGUUUACCCUGAAUUAAUGUAAUCUGAAUGUAGUCGGGCACAACAUUUCCGUGCUAGUCUCGACUGUCAUGUAUAUUUGUUUAUGUUCAUCUUGUGCUAACUAAAAAUAGAAAGGUUUGGCCUACAGUUCAUGAUCAGACUAGGAUGUUGCCAGUGACUAGAUUGCUAAUAUCCAUGUGGAUAUUGAACUAGCCUCUAGCUAAAUGCAAUGUCGCAACAGGUGUUUUAAAGCAUUUUAUUAUAAUCACAGUAAUUUGUAGGCAGUAUGUAGUUAGGUUCAGCCAUUUAAUAAUUGCUUUCAAAAUCACCAAUCUUCAUGAACUACAGUACAGGCUGUAGUAUAAUGAUUUACUCACGAGAUGCAGUUUGCUCCCCAUUCCAAGAACAUGAAGGUAAAGCCACACUCUUUCUGUAAGAUUAGUUUACUAUCAAGAGUGGACCAUCAUGUAAGCAAGAAUUGGUGCAUUAUUCCAAGGUGCAUUGCAGGGUGUAUUUUCACACGCAAGUAGCACUUGAUUUCUAUAUAGCCUUGGCCUAACUGUUGUGAGUGGAAACUGUAGGCUAAUUUGUAUACCAAAUCUUCUAUGUCAACAAAAACCAAACACUGGAGCAAUAGGUCAUUAUGCAGUACUAAACUAUUUAUAAGUCAUCUCCAAAAAUGAAGGGUUAAACUUGAUCAAGAAAAUGUAUGUGUUCAGUACAUGAACCAUGCUCCCUCUCUUGCCUUACCUCAGCCUAAAGAUCACCCAUAUGGGUACUGCACUUCACAGAAUUAUUGCCGCUGCCUCCUCCACCCCAGUUUAUUGAAGGUCUGUACCUGCUAUCAACCACAAAAGCAACAUCACACAGCUUCCCCGGACUUCUCACACUCAAGGCCCUAUUCCCAUUAUGUCUACCAUCCAAACCACAGUCUUACUAGACUACACCAUUACACCUCAGUUCUAGGUGUUGUUGUGAUUUAUGCCUUUGUUUUUCAGUACAUUCAUUUAUUAGACUGGCAUUACUCGUCUCAUGCUUGUAGCGAAGCUAAAGCCAUGAUCGAUGGCUAAUACCACUUCUCAAAAUGGAGAGGCCCUUUGUUGCAUUGUCCCCCUGAAGGAUGGUCAUAUGGGUGGCCUGAAGCCCCAAAAAAUCAUAGUUAGCCUAGAAAAGAUUGCCUUGGUAAUUGUUCUUCUGUCAGUUUUUAAUGAAUGGAGAUUGUAUAGACCACAUCCUAGUCUAAUCUCUAUGCACAAUGCUGCUGCUUUGUCUUGAGGUCAAUGCAGUUCAUUCAUUCAGGUGUAUAAAUCAUCUCAGACCUUUUCGCCAAUGAAUAAUAAUUACCUCUGAGGCAAUAAUGUUUGUCAGUGAAAACAGAUUUACAACAACUCUUUGUCAGUUUCGCUAAUAUUUAUUUGGCCAUUUAAUGUAUGAUGCAUUGUACACUGGUUAGCUGAACAUUACAAAAUGUGCACAUUGCUCAAUUCUUCUAUCCCAGCUCUCACCCAGAAACAUAGUGACAUGUUCAGAGUGAGCCUUAAUGAAGCUGGUACUGCUAGACCUAUAUCCUUCCCUCCUUCACCUGAGCUAAAGGACUUGUAACUUUGUUAUUCAAAAUCAUGUUGACAGUAAUGCUGCAUCCUUACACUCUAGUACUAGCCUAACUAGGCUACACUCACAUAUGUUAAUGUUAGACUUUGUUGUUUCCCUCCCCUAGUUACCAUUCAUGAAAGGCUUUUUACCAUGGUGAUAGUUUCCAAGGUGUUAGAUAGGAGUUACGUAAUUGAAUAAAAAUGGUAAUGAGGUUAAUUUGCAUGCCCAACAUGUCCUUCCUUAACUACUAAUGCCCUUCCUUUCUUUCCGUGGCCUGUUGUUCGCCACUAGCUCUUCGUUUACUGGCUUUUAUUUUGGAAUUAGACCUGUCUACCCGCUGUAUUGAAAUACUACACUACCCACUGUAUUGAAAUACUACACUACACUACCCACUGUAUUGAAAUACUACACUACCCACUGUAUUGAAAUACAAACUACUCACUGUAUUGAAAUACUACACUACCCGCUGUAUUGAAAUACUACAAUACACUACCCACUGUAUUGAAAUACUACACUACCCACUGUAUUGAAAUACUACACUACACUACCCACUGUAUUGAAAUACUACACUACACUACCCACUGUAUUGAAAUACUACACUACCCACUGUAUUGAAAUACUACACUACCCACUCUAUUGAAAUACUACACUACCCACUCUAUUGAAAUACUACACUACCCACUGUAUUGAAAUACUACACUACCCACUCUAUUGAAAUACUACACUACCCACUGUAUUGAAAUAGCACACUACCCACUGUAUUGAAAUACUACACUACACUACCCACUGUAUUGAAAUACUACACUACCCACUCUAUUGAAAUACUACACUACCCACUCUAUUGAAAUACUACACUACACUACCCACUGUAUUGAAAUACUACAAUACCCACUGUAUUGAAAUACAAACUACUCACUGUAUUGAAAUACUACACUACCCGCUGUAUUGAAAUACUACACUACCCACUGUAUUGAAAUACUACACUACCCACUGUAUUGAAAUACUACACUACACUACCCACUGUAUUGAAAUACUACACUACCCACUCUAUUGAAAUACUACACUACCCACUCUAUUGAAAUACUACACUACCCACUGUAUUGAAAUACUACACUACCCACUGUAUUGAAAUACUACACUACCCACUCUAUUGAAAUACUACACUACCCACUGUAUUGAAAUACUACACUACCCACUGUAUUGAAAUACUACACUACCCACUCUAUUGAAAUACUACACUACCCACUCUAUUGAAAUACUACACUACCCACUGUAUUGAAAUAGCACACUACCCACUCUAUAAAAAUAGCAUACUACUAAUAAAGAUGCUAUUUUAUGUUAGUAGUGUUUGAACUUAAAAUACUGAAUGUUGUUAAACCUUAAUAAGGGGAAUGGGUAGUCAACAUUAAAUCCAAUAAUUAAAAUAAUCUGUUUCGUACACCAUGGUAACAGAUCUAAAAAAUAAAAAUAACAAAUCAGUGUCACAAAAUAUUUUCUGUUUCUAGCAAUGUUUCCCACAACACCGGCAGCCAUGGCACAAAUGAGUAGGCCCUAGGCUAACCUUAAUUCAGUUGCUAGCCAUGGCACAAAUGAGUAGGCCCUCAUCUUAACUCAGUAGCUAUACUAGAUUCUGUAUCUAAAUGAGGCUGUGAGAGCUCGUUCAGAUGUUGUGUCUGUUAUGGAUCGUUGCUGUGAGGCAGUCUCACUCAUGUUUCUGAUUUGUUCACCCCUGCAGCCAUGGACCCGUCCAUCACGCUGUGGCAGUUCCUGCUGCACCUCCUGGAGGACGACAGCCACAGGCACCUCAUCUCCUGGACCUCUGGGGACGGGGAGUUCAAGUUGUUGGACGCAGAGGAGGUGGCACGCCUCUGGGGGCUCCGCAAGAACAAGACCAACAUGAACUACGAUAAACUAAGCAGAGCACUCCGAUACUACUAUGAUAAGGUAUCCUUGCUGCUUACUGUUUUGUAUGAUACUUUUUCAAGUAUUUAUGAGGUGUUUGAUCCACUGAGUGAAGCUAUAACAUUAAUCAUAUUUGUUGAUUUUCUGUCCACAAGCAAUGAGCUCAGCAUUGUGCUCAGGUGUAAACUCACGCAUCAAAGCAGAAAAAGCCAUUACAAAUCAUUUAUGUGUAGCUGUAAGCUGGUAGCAUCCCAGUAGGUGUAAGUCUACUUCUUUCAGCUAGAUAUUUUGUUGAGGUAAUUGUUUGUGUUUUUUCAGUAUGGUUUAUUGCAAUUGUCUGUUAAUUCAGUGUAAUCCUUUAUAGAAUAUCAUAAAGAAGGUGAGUGGGCAGAAGUUUGUCUACAAGUUUGUGGCCCACCCUGACCCUUCGGCAGUGGACUGUGUCAGAGGCGGUGAGGAUGCUCAGCAACAGGACAAUCUUGAUGCAGCGGGCCAGACCAAGUCCCCAGGAGGGGGGUCUUCUAACUGCCCCUCCAAGAACCUGCAGACGCAGCGUUCCUCUCCAGUCUCUGUCCAGCGCAGCUCUCGCAACGACUACAUGAAGUCAGGCCUCUACUCCACCUUCACCAUCCAGUCCCUCCAAGCCCCCUGCAGGACCUCUCCACAGCCUAUAAAGACUGAGCUGCUGAUUCAGGACUCUUCCCCCAGACCCCACAGCGCUGACCGGACGCUGCGGGAGGUGAGGGCCCACGACGAGGACCUCUCCAUUUUAACCAUGGUCAUUACUACUAAUUAUAAUUUAAGUUAUUGGUGUUGAUGAAAUGUCAAAUGUGUGAUUGAAGUGACUAUUGAACGGUUCAGACUACUACAAGUGUUACCUGUCUAUCAGGUGUGUCUGGAUGGCCAGAGCUCCUCCAUGCAGGGCUGUGGCAGCGUGGAGAGCAGCCUGCAGGUCACACUGACUCAUCCCUCUCCCUGCGCCACGCCUGCCCUCAGCCCCCAGACACCGUCAGUGUCAACCACAGGCAGCUCGGUAAGACACUCACAAGUCACAAUAUGUCCUCCUUCUGUCAAAGAUUCUGUUGAUCCAUAUGUUAACAUUUGUGCUUACAACUCUUUUAUACAAAGUGCACCCAAAUGCCCUGUUUGAACCAUAGUACCCUGUUGAUUCAAAUGUUGUUCAGGGAUUCUGAUUCUGGAUGCCAUGGUGUGCAAAUCUAAUGUUUCUCUUAAAAUGCUGUUUUGAACAUCCAGAAGUCUCAGCCACAGAAGACCCAGAACCUAAGCGACCCUCCUCAGAUCUAUCUGACCAGUGUGUCAGACCCUGGCUCCCUCACUCCUCUGACCCUGACCCCUGUUGGGGCCCCGGGGGAGUGUGUGGUGAACCAGCCUCAGGGCCACCCUGUCUUUGUGGUCAUCAAGCCCUCACCUGUGGUGCACUCCAAAGAGCAAAGCCUCCCUUCUGAAGAGGACCUGGUGGAGAUCAUGAGCUUGGAGGAGAAACAUCAUGUUGAAGAGGUGAGUGAGAAGAGAACACACAAGAUCACAUUUCCCAUUGUUCCAUGGUUUGAUUUGGACCUUUCCCCUCUCUUCUAGGUUCCUGAAUCUGCAUCAGGACCAAGUGAACCUGAAACCCCCCUCUCCAUUGAUGUCCUCCCACCCUGCGUGGAACCAGUGGGCCAGCCUGUUGGGGAAGGGGAAGAACAGGGCAAAGAUGAGGCCCAUUUACCAGGCAAGUCAUACAUUCAACACACAUCUCACACAAUAGAAUGUUCACAUAUUUGUAGCUCUGCUGUAUACUUUAGAUGUGUGGUAACUCUUAUUAUACAACGGGUGGGUCUAAUCCAGAAUGCUGAUUGGUUAAAACCGCAUUCCAACCGGUGUCUAUUCCACAAGUUACACCCGUGCCAAUAUGUCAUCCAAACACUGGCUUCUCACUUAAACAUGACACUGUUCUUAUUACUGGGGUUUUAUUCCUGUAAAGACAGGUAUACCUACUGUUCCCUCAUUCUGGCUCCUUUCUCCCACUCAGAACAUUCCAUGACUCCAGCAGUUGCUCUUCAAGCGGCUACUCUUCCAGCUCGGUCGCCCCAGGAAGUACAACCACCGAAAGCCAAGAAACCCAAAGUCCUAGAACUGCCCUCUUCCUCAACCCUCCUACCCCCUGGUCUGUCACUGGAUCAGGUCAAUGCAGCCGUCAACAGCCUCCUGGCCCCUGGGAGUGCCACCAACACCCUAACUCCUACAGUGUUCACUUCCCAUUCUCUGGUAAGUGACAUCUCUGGCCUGGUCAGUGCCACAUAAGACGCAAAAACUGUCACUCUUCCUGGGGCUUCAUUUAACAAAUGUGGGUGUAUUAGUGUGUUUUCAACUUUCCAAAUGCCUUUCUACCCUCACCAAAUUAUUAUGAUACAUGAUUUAUCAAGACCAUAAUGUAUUUCGUUUGAUAAGAUAUUCAUGCAUUGACUAAAACAGUUUCUGUGUUAAACUGGCUAAUAGUCUGACAUUUUCUGUCUUUUCUUUCUGUGCUCUGUCCCUUAGACUCCUGUAUUACUGACACCCAGCCCUCUCCCCUCCACCAUCCACUUCUGGAGCACACUCAGUCCCAUUGCUCCUCGGAGCCCGGCCAAGCUCUCCUUUCAGGUAUGUCCUUCCUGUUCUGUCCCUGCUGCUGCCUGGCAGAGGGCACUAGAGCAGGCCAUCUGGCCAUCCUGAUCUCAUCUACAUCACUAACACAAGUAUAGAGAGAUGGGUUGGAUUAUAAAUGCUUUUACAUUUACCUAAUGCCAUAUAAUAUUGCUCACAACUUACUAGUGCUGAGCGAUUAUGUCGAUAAUUUUUCGGUUUUUAAACAAUUCCAAUUUUGUUCGUUUUUCUUCUGUGAGCUCGAUGUGCAGUUUCUGUAGAGAUAAAUCAGAUCAAGCCUGAACUGUGUGAUGAUGUAGGGAGUUGUAGUUUCCAAAAGGCCAAUAUUCUACAUAGUUUAGCGCAGAAAACAUGGUAAUUAACUACAAUGACCAUAAUCCAUUACUCGCCCGCAUACUUGUCUGGUCUGUGUGGAGCAGACAGGGAGACUGACUGAGAGAAGAGAGCUUGUGAUCGAGAGAGAUAUAAAGCAGUGCUUUGCGAGCCUGAAAAUACAUGAUCUAAGUCCAGGGCCUCUGAUCUUUUCUAGCACGAGCUACUUUUGAAAAUGGAAACAUUUUUUGGUAUAUAUAUAGCUUACAAAUAGGCACAUUCUUCUCUUCUCGUCUCCUCUACCCUGCAACUCGUCCGCAUGUCCUUGGUGUUUUCUGUCAAUAUACCUGGUAAAAUAAUGGUUAAUAAACAGUAUUUGGCAUGACAGGCCCCAAUAAAAUUCUCUUUUGUACAUUAUUUUCCUGAAUUCAGUUUUCUCUGUGAAAAGAAAUCCUGGUUUGGUAUUUUGUUCUGUUUUUCACUCUCAAUAUUACAAUUAUUCAUAGAGAAACAACGAAAAUUAUGUUCCGAGUCCAUGUCAAUGCUUAAAUCACAUCAGAAGAACAUAAUAAUAUGUAUUUCCCCUUUAAGGAGAGGAAUGUGUCAGUCUAGCGAUGUUUCUGCUGUUAGGACUACUGCUGCAGCAAGGCAUGGCACAGUUUGUAAAACAAUGGCCACCCAAUUGAUACAAAUAAUCAUGAUAUAGUUCUGGCAGGUAGGCCAACUUUGCAGUAACUUUGCAGUUAACAUUUAAUUGAGAAGGUUUUGGGGGAAAAUCUUUGUCUACUCACGUGACGGUUAUCAUUAGCAUCGCUCACUGGCUACAUAUGGAGUGAUAAACAAACAUGCGCACCAAAUAGACAGACAUGGGCAAUAUUGCUGGAAAUGUAUUGGCAGAUGUUGUUACAUUUGGCUUUUUAAGCCAAUAGUGGCUAACCAGAGGUGGGAUAAUGCCAAUGUGGCUUUGAUUGGAUAGUAGCCGGGAGCUUUAUGUUUUUGACAGUUUGCGAUGGAACAAAUGAAAAAAAUGAAUUGCUUAGCGAGCUACUCAUAGGUGGGCUGCAAGCUACUGGUAGCUGGGGAUCUACCUGUCGGAGACCCCUGAUCAUAAUAGUAUGCCUUAUUUAUUUUGAACAUCUAUUAAAAUAAUGAUUUAGUGAGACAGCAUAGGCAGCAGCUCUAUAGAGAUGAUAUGAUGACUUGGAAUUAAAUAAAAAGUUGUCAAAUAAAACAAAUAUUUUAUUAAAGUAAUGUGAAUAAAUGAUGGUUAAUAAGUGAUAAGCAGUAAUGGGCAGUCACUAUCAUCAUGGGACUUUUCUUAAUUGUUUUAUUCUGUGUUGUUACAGCAUUCAACCCACAUAAUGCAUAGUGCAUUUAAAGCUGCAAUAUGAAACUUUUUGGGUGAGCCAACCAAAUUCCCAUAGAACUGUGAGUUAUAGAUCAGUCAUUCACAUUGAAAGCAAGUCUAAGAAGCGGUAUAUCUGUUCUAUGUGCGCUAUUUCUAUGCUUCCCAUUCUUAAGUUUCGUUUUUGCGUCUUUUACUUUCGGUUUUGUACACCAGCUGGAAAUACAAUAUUUUUCGGUAACGGAAAUAUAUUUCACAGCAGUUUAGAUGGUAUAAUGAUUCGCUACACCAAGGUUCCCUAACUGGCCCGCGGGUGGUUUUAUUUGGCCCCCCAAGCUUUCUGAGCCCCAAAGAAAUAUAUAAUAAUAAUAUUUUUGGGGACAUAAGAAUGUAAAAACACCAGGAAAUCAGCUCCAAGUGAUUUUUAUUUAAGAAAUCUGUUCCCGAGUAUUCUCACACAUAAUAGAGAGACACGUGAUUGUAUACAAAUGUAAGCAAGGUUUAAAAUGAUAAUGUUUUAGUCAAACAUUAUAUCUGCUUGGGCUUCUUGCAGUCAAUUUGCAGUCUAAAAAUUAUUUGUAAUUAUGUUCCGGCAAGAACAAAAUCGUCCCGAGGCUGAAUGUAGUUGAUGAUCCCUGCUCUACGCUAUGCUUGCUUGUUUUGUCACAUAAACUGAAAUUAGGCAAACUAUUACAUUUUUUUGCAACCAGGAAAUGGUGGAGCAAUUUCUGCAUAGUGCAUCUUUAAUGUAUAAUUUUUUGGGGUCUAAAUCAAAAACGUGAUUAAUUUUUAAGAAUCAAACCGACCUAAAAAAACAACACUAAUUGCUCAGCACUACUACUUACCCAUGUAUAUAGGCUGAGGAACAUUAUCUGCAUUAAUAGAAAAUACUUUAAUCUCUCUCUACUGGUUAACAAUCAUACUACAACAUCAUCUUACACCAUCCCAGUGCUGGACCACAACUUCUAAUUUAUUACAUGGUUGAGCCUUUUAAGACACAACAAAUGGGGAACAGGAAGUAGAUACUGUAGGUUUUACUAAUCAGCUGUACUUGAUUGUUUUUAGUUCCCCUCCAAUGGAAGCAAUCAUAUCCAUAUCCCUGCCUUGAGUGUGGACGGCCUGUCGACUCCUGUAGUGCUGUCGCCAGGUCCACAGAAACCAUGAGGAGAGUCCUGGAGUCCUUCCACAGUCCUGUGGACAUUGAUUCCCCAGUUCAGCCUAUGGGACAGAAGGUACACGCCAUGAUCAGACCAAGUGCUCCCAGCCAGAGUGCACUCAUGAGUGGAGAGCUGGUGUCCGGAGUGCUGUUGAAUGAUGUUUUAGCAGUUGGAGUCUUCAUUCAAAGAACCUCAUGACGGGCUAGCCCAGCGGUUCUGGAUCAAGUCCAAGAGGUGGUGUUGGCAACUUUGAAACUUAAGAGGGGAUACUAUUUUUUAUUUUUUAUUUUUUUGU